GGUGUUUGCCGAUCGUGUUCUCCCACCGAUGACGUUGGACAGAAAGUUUAGUGGAGUUGGAAAUCAGCGUGAUGGGGACAGUAGAAGAGGCAGCAUCUGGACAUGUUAUGACCUCCCAAUGAGGGUGGGAUGGACAAAGUUUGUAGCAGUGAUAAUGGCAUGACCUCUCCAUGAGUGUGUGAUGGACCAAGUUUGUAACAGGACAAUCAACAGGGUUUGUUAGCGGGCCAUUACACAAACAUCAUCCAGUAACUGGGCCUUGUAACAGGGCUUGGCCAUGUAACAAGAGUAGAAAUCUGAAUGCUUGUCACAGGUGCUGUAUCUGUCGAUUAUUUUUUCUCCAGUGAAGUACAUGUACAUAUCUAGAUAAAGUGUACAGUUGUAACUUUCCAACCCUCUACAUAGAGGAGGAAUGCUCUUGUCCUAGGGAGGAGGUUGACAGUACUUGUACCAGGGGAUCACCAUUCCUUUGCUGAUGUACAUGUAGUGUACAGUUGUAACUUUCCAACCCUGUACAGAGAGGAGGUUGAUAGUACUUGUACCACGGGAUCACCAUUCUUUAGCUGAUGUAUGUGUACAUGUAAUAAGAAUGCUGAAGACCAUAUCAACGAAAUCCCCAAGUAUUCCCACAAUGUUAAAACAAUAUCUCUCCAGGGGAAGGUUUGUGAUCUUUCUCACAAUCCUUGCGGUCAUGGCUUUAUAUGUGUUGCAUCAUCAAAGCUGUUUCCUGAGUUCUGGGAGUGGGACGCAAAGACCAAAAGCAUUUCACAACCUUGCCCAAGAUGAGAUGAUGGUUAAGAGUGGCCUUCACACUCCAGCAAUAGAGCAACACAUCUUCUAUGGGAUUAUGUUUGAUGCAGGCAGUACAGGCUCUCGAAUUCAUGUCUUCCAGUUCAUGCAAGAUAGCUAUGAUUCACCUAUAAAGCUGAUGAAUGAAACAUUUGAGGCAAUCAAACCAGGCCUUUCUUACUACAGACAGCAGCCAAGUGAGGGUGCCAAAAGCUUAGUUCCGUUAUUGGACCUUGCCUUGACAAAAAUCCCGCUUGCUAAGAGAAAGAAGACUCCCGUAGCUCUAAAAGCCACAGCUGGGUUAAGGCUGUUGCCAGGCAACCAAGCUGAAGUCAUAUUAAAUCAGGUGCACAGUGUAAUCAGGAGCUAUCCAUUUCGAAGCCAAAAUGACAGUGUGCAGAUCAUGGAUGGCUCAGAUGAAGGAAUUUUCAGUUGGAUGACUGUGAAUUUUCUUCUGGGGUCAUUGACUGGGAAAAACAAAAUGGUUGCAGCCUUAGAUCUUGGUGGGGGAUCCACACAGAUCACCCUUGUUCCUAAUGACCCGGUUACCUAUGAGAAAGCACCAAAAGAUUUCCUGACUAAUGUCAAGUUGUUUGGGACCAACUACAGGCUUUAUACUCACAGUUACCUGGGACUGGGUUUAAUGUCAGCCAGAUUUCAGAUCAUGGGCGGUAAAGAACAUGCCACAACUGUUGAGCAUGACGCCCAGACUCAGACUCUCACCUCCAACUGUCUUCCUCGUAGCUAUGAUGGCACAUUUGAACAUCAAGGAAUAAAGUUCCCUGUGAAGCGUUCUUCACGAGGUGGAGGGUUUGAGCGGUGUUACAGCAGUGUGAAGAAGCUCAUCACCAGUCGUGACUAUUCGGUGGAUAAAGUUGAAGAACUGAAGACUCAGCCUGUGUAUAUAUUCUCUUAUUACUAUGACCGAGCGGUGGAGUCUGGGUUGAUAGAUGAAGGAAAUGGAGGAGAAAUACAUUUAAUUGACUACCAAACCAAAGCCAAUUCUAUAUGUGGCCAACCUAUAGAGAAGAUGCCCUAUUUGUGUAUGGAUUUGGUGUAUAUGUACAGUCUGUUACAUGAUGGUUUUGGUCUACCUGACAAUAAACAUUUAUAUCUGAAGAAGAAGAUUGCGGGUGUGGAGAUUAGCUGGGCUUUAGGGGCCAUGUUUGACAUGUUAUCUGUGGACAGUGGAGAGACCAGUUGACUGAGAUCAUUCCAGGAUUUGUUACGAGCAUACACUGGACGUGAAACCUGCCCUAAGAGAGAGCACUCAUACAUCAAUGCACUCAUCAUAAGCACCCAGUGAUAGAUUGACUGCUCAUUGUGGCUUGACUAGACAGGCCUCGCUAGAUUCGGAGUGUCGCAUGUGUGAAUAUCUGACCAUGGAGGGUGUCCAGUGUUAGGACUUCAUGCAAGUCCAGGGGACCACCAUGUGUUCAACAGAAACUGUAUAUGUGAAUUAUGAUACAACUAGCCAGAUGUCUUUCACCAAACUUUGUUUUAAAUUUCAUGUAAUGUGACCAUUGUGGAUUUUUAAAAAUGUAUGAUAUGAACCUUUAUUACAUGAAUGAGUUGAUAUUUUUAGUACCUAAAUGGGUUUAUCUGGAAGUCCUCUCCUGUGAUUUCCUUUUCUUUUGGAGUUUUCAUUUGUUCCCAGUGUUAAGAGGCAGAUCACCAUAUUUUGGUUUGUUUCGGGUGUGUAUGGUAUAAGACAGAUGAGCCUGUUUUGGUUUGUUCCCAGUGUGAACGGUAUAAGGCAAAUAUGUGACUGCUUUGACUUUUUUUCAGUGUGUAUGGUAUAAGACAGAUCAGCCUAUUUUUGGUUUGUUUCCGGUGUGUAUGGUAUAAGACAGAUCAGCCUAUUUUUGGUAUGUUUCCAGUGUGUAUGGUAUAAGACAGAUCAGCCUAUUUUUGGUUUGUUUCCGGUGUGUAUGGUAUAAAACAGAUCAGCCUAUUUUUGGUUUGUUUCCAGUGUGUAUGGAAUAAAACAUAUCAGCCUAUUUUUGGUUUGUUUCCAGUGUGUAUGGUAUAAGACAGAUCAGCCUAUUUUUGGUUGGUUUCUCAGUAUGCAUGGUAUAAGACAGAUCAGCCUAUUUUGGGUUUGUUUCCAGUGUGAAUGGUAUCAGACAGAUAUGCGACUGUUUACUUUAUUGGCAGUGUGAAUGGUAUGAGCGAAUCAAACUGUUUUAGUUUGUUCCGAGUGUUAAUGGUAUAAGGCGGAUCAGCCUUUUUUGGUUUGUUCCAAAGGUGAAUGGUAUAAAAUAGAUUGGCCUAUUUUGGUUUGUGUCGGGUGUAUACUGUUUUGGCUUUCUCAUCUAAGGCACUGUCCUGAUGUGUUAAUAAUGAGACAGGGCAAAAAAAAAAAAUAAAUGAGUAAGAAAUUUGUAAAUAUAAAGAAAUCUGAAUGGUUGUCAGGAAAGUACAUAAACAUAAAAUCAAGCCAACCUAGUUCAUGUUUUAGCUUUGGUAAAAUGCCCAGGGUUCUCCCACUAUAAUGCUGGCUGUCAUCGUAUGGGUGAAAUGUCCUUGAGUAUGGCAUAAAACUCCAAUAAAAUAAAUAACUGCAGUAGAUGGAGGGUCUAACAGACAUUAUCGAGCAGAGGAUGAAGGCAGUCUUGUAGACUCCAGGUCAGCUUACACUCAUCUGUUAGAGAUUAAACUGGCAUUUUCUGUCACUGAACACCAGUUCACGGAAGAGAGAGCUUAUAUUAUAUAUGUAAUACUAACUGUAAUAAUGGAUGUCAGUGUGCAAGUUGUACUCAAGGUGAACUUGUGGUUAAGUUGACACACUGUCACACCUGGCCAAGUUGUAAGCUCAGGGUUAAGAUGACAUACUAUCACACCUGACCAAGUGGUGAGCUCAGGGUUAAGAUGACAUACUAUCACACCUGACCAAGUUGUGAGCUCAGGGUUAAGAUGACAUACUGUCACACCUGACCAAGUAAGUAUGUGAGUAUGUGGUUAAAUUGACAAACUAGAAGCUUGAUACAAGUUCAGUAAUCGUAUGUCGUAUGAUCAGAUGGAGACAAGGCAGGGCAAGGUAUCAAAUUGUAUCACCAUGUCGUGGCUUUUGCAAGACACAAGGGCCUGCUUUGGCAUUGACAUGCAGUGAACAGCUCGGAACAAAGAAGAAAAAAGUUGUCAGCUCGGCAUUUGGAAAGGUGUGUUGGUUUGGCCACAGUCUUUUCCUCUUUAAUUCAUCAAUGAUGAAGCACGGAUAUGAAUAAUAUAAGAAACUUAUUUAUGGGAGUAACGAGGAGUAGUAUCAAAUCAUGACUUUUUGUCUCCAAUUGCUUUAGAAUGUAAACCAAGCUCAGCUUUUCAUUGAUCACUGUUGAUAAUGCCGCAUUAGUUGGUGCCAUAAAUUAUGUUCACUUCUAGCUGGAAAUGUGGGUGUUUGGAAUUUCUGUGGGUAAUGUUUUCCAGCUAUAUUUGCAACUGUAACAUUCUUCUCCAAUUAAAAUGUUGGAUAUUUUUUUAUAAAUUUUGUGUUUAAUUUUAUAGUUGACAAGUGGGUGUAUAAACAUGUGGAUACAUUCUUAGGAAAUAAAUGUUUCAAUUGUUUG